UAUAAGGUUGUGCGUGGUUGUACACAAUAAUUUUGAUGUUUUUUCAUGUAAAGAAGGGAGUGUAUUGGUACCGUUUAUCAGAGAUAGUUUGUAUGCUAGAAAACGUGGGUUCAGCCAAACCAUUGAAUUGAUCCGUCCUUUGUUACGAGCUGGAUGCGUCAACAUGGCCGAUAAAGAAGAGCCCGUUGACGACCUUAACGAAGGCAAAUAUUGGAUAUGGUGCCUCAUAAAUUGCCUCGGAUGUAUCUUUUUUAUAAUAUUUGCAGCCCUGAGGUUUCUACGUAUGCAGGAGAAGGAUGUAGAUGCCGUGCCGUAUUCGUGUCUUUACAUAGAUAGCUCAUACAAUAAUUUUAUUGAAGUUUUCCGAUGUUAUUUUAAAACACCGAAGCGAGAAAUCGAUCGAAAAGAACUGCAGAACAUCAUCAACAAGAUGUGGUCACCAGAUAGUAAUAAAAAUCCUGUACUGGUGAGUUUGUCGUUUAAAACAGCUCUCGACUUGUUCCUCAGGAUUCAAAAAUACCCACCAUCAUCAGAAGUCAUUCUAACAGCCAUAAAUAUCCCAGAUGUAGUCCAGAUCCUCACCCACCAUGGCAUUAAAGUAGUUCCAUUGGACAUUCAUAAGGAAACUCUGGCACCGAAUAUAGAACAUCUCGAGUAUCUUUUGAACGAGAGAACUGUUGCUGUUAUUGUCACACAUCUCUAUGGUCGUUCAUUUGAUAUGGCAGACGUUAUUAAGCGUGCCAAAAGCCACGGAAUCCAUGUACUAGAAGAUCGUUCGCAAUCAUUCAACGGACUUCAAGACGUUGGAGAUCCAGAAUCGGACCUGGUGUUCUUUAGUUUUGACGUCACUCAACAGAGCACUAUCUUUGGCGGUGCUGUUUUGAAAGUGAAGGACAAACUGCUGUACAGCAAGAUGUCAAAAUUAUACGAAUCCUAUCCAAUACAAAGUGAUACUACAUAUUUAGCUAGUGUUCUUAAAUGUUCAGUUAUUUCUAUGGUCUUGAAUAACCCUUUCUUAACGAAUUUUGGAACUGCUUUGUUCAGGUUUUUCGGAAAGGAGAUGAAGAAACUUCUUAACCAACUGUUGACGGCUCCAAGUAAGUCGGGCCUGAUCCGCGGAUUAAGAUUUCGAUCUUCAGCAACGUUAUUGCACAUAAUGGCCAAAAGAUUCCAAGAUUUUGACGAUGAAACGUUUAAAAAGGGUCAAGAAAAUGGUGACUACGUAAGUGAGCGGCUUCCACAAGUUGCUGAGCAAAUUGGAAUGAUGGCAAAUCGUAAAGGUUAUUGGCUGUUUCCUAUUAUUGUGGAAGACGCGGAUGAAGUAACCAGACGACUCAACAAUCUUGGAAUUGAUGCUGCGCGGGAGGUUGCUCAUUUACAAUUGAUCGCAGAGGGUAACAGAGACAUAGGCCUAUCAGAUGACUCUUUAGAGACGGCCAGAUAUAUAAUAGACCACGUCGUCUAUCUCCCUGUUCAUAAACGCGUUAGGGUUUUCUAUUUGGAUCAAAUUUUGCUGGCUGUAGAAAUUGUCCUUAAUAAACUCGCUAUUUUGAAACGGUUUGAUAAGGGACACAAUGGAGAUGAUAACACUGAAAGUAGCAGAAAUCCAGAAGCGAUUAACAGACGCAGUAAUGGCUCGAAGAGGAAAACCGUUACCUUUGCGCCGACGGUGACUGUCCGUCGCAGCCACCGUGUUACAGAAUGAACUUUUUAAAGCACUUGUAAAAAACUACGCAUACCCAAUGAUCGAACGAAAGUGUACAAAUUGAAAUGAAGCUAGAUAGACUAAUUAGAAUUUUAAUUAGAUAGAAAAUUAACUGAAUAAAAAACGAGUUUUUAUGCCUUGUUAAUUGUUGCAAAUAUAAUUAUAUAUAUAUAUAUAUAUAUAUAU